UCCGCCUCUCUCUCUCUUUCUCUCUCAUGUCUCCACCUCAACCGACUCUUUCCAGGUGUGCUACAUCGAAGGCCAUCGUGUAAUCAGCUUGGCCAAUGAGAUGUUUGGAUACAACGGGUGGUCUCACUCCAUCUCUCAGCAGAAUGUCGACUUCGUCGACCUCAUCAACGGGAAGUUUUAUGUCGGAGUCAGUGCGUUUAUCAAAGUGCAGCUGAAGGACGGGUCGUUCCAUGAGGAUGUCGGGUACGGAGUCAGUGAAGGACUGAAGUCUAAAGCUCUGUCACUGGAAAAGGCGAGAAAGGAAGCUGUCACUGAUGGCAUGAAGAGAGCACUGAAAUGCUUUGGUAAUGCCCUUGGAAACUGCAUCCUGAAUAAAGAAUACCUCCUAUCCAUUAAUAAAAUCCCUAAACAGCCUCCUCCUCCUCUAGACCCGGCGAAGACUAAGCGCUCUGAGGGUGAGCCGUCAGUGGAGAAGGCCCGGUUCUCCAGUCUGGUCCGGGAGGAAAAGCUUGUAUCUGCAGUGGGUCCUAGCAGGAUGCCGCUGGAGCCCAGAGUCCUCAACCAGAACCAGAACUGUUCAGAAGUAAACACUCCUAAUGCUGCUGGUCCUGCUCCCAACAGGGAGAGUGAGAAUGUCGGCUCCAGAACCGUCGUGGACUCGGGGGACAAUGUUGGGUCUGGGGAGCACACAGACCCCAAACAGCUGAGAAAGCUCCGACAGCAGCAGCUUCAGCAGAAGUUCAGGGAAGAGAUGGAGGCCAAGAGGCUGCAGCAGAAACAGGAUCAAACAAAGUCAGACACAGAGGUCACUAUUGGACCGGGAAGUCAUGAAGGUGUACCUGCGUUGAGUGAGAGCGCCUCAGCUGGACACAGGAAGCCCAGCAGCAGGGACGAGUAUUUAGCAGAUGAUCCUGAGCUUUGGGAUUUCACUCUGGAUGGGAUUGAGGAGGUGGAUGUCCCUGCAGACGGCCCACCCUCCAGAGGGCUCAGGCCCAGCACGCCCGGAAAUCACCAGAUGCAGACGAGGAGCAAGACCCCUCAGAGAGCCCCGGGAAGACCUCCAGAGGAGGCCCCGUCAUACAGCAGGGGACAGGACUGGGCUCUGUCCAGACCUCAACAUCAAAACCAGUAUCAGGCGAGACCAGGUGAAGUCUUGAGUCCGUACAGACAAGGACAGUACAUGAAGAAACGCCGACUGGACACUUGAGAGUUUAUCUUACUGUUGCACAGCUUCUUUAAAUCCUUUGAUGUUAUGUUUGUUUCAUAUUUAUUUCAAUGUUGAUGAAUUCAAGUUUAUUUUGUAAUGCUGCUAUAUCUGAUAUUUGGACAAAUGUUAUCUGGUUUUGUAAAAAAUAAAUAAAAACAUAACUACUAA